CCGACUUUUUUAUAGCCAUAAUGCAACACAUUUGAAAAGCGGUGGACAACGUUGUUCGGCGUCUUCACAAAAAGUGAUCCGCUCGAAUUCGCCCAUUGACUUCUCUUGCCACGUUCAAGUAUUAUUCGGAACUAGGAAACUCAGAAAUGUCCGACUUGUUAACCUGUUGUAGUUUACCGUGACGCGUUUAACGAAUUAACAAAUCAGACAUUUUCCAGUUUCCUAAUUCCGACUAGCACUUGAACGCGGCAUCAACCCCCAAAUCCCGGCCUGGUCUGUUUGAUCUGCUUCGCCAGCGCUCCCGGUAGUCUCGCGAUGUUGCGCGUCUGGGUUUAGAAACUAUGCUCUUUUAAGGUGGAAAGCGAAAGUAAAGUCCGACAUUUUGAAAAGGUGGGAGGUAAGAGAGCUGGAGAUUCGGGAUUUGAGCCUGUCGGGGGAACCGAAAUGGCCUCGGAUUCAGAAGUGGAGGGGAUCCUACAGGUGAGCCAGAACCAGGAGAGACCUCCCUCUAGCUAUGGCUCCAUGAAGAGUGAUGAGGAGGAAGAGGACAUCACAGAGGCUCAGUGCUCAUCUGGCAAAUCGGAACUACCCACCUUCACUACACACACACGGGUCCAGCUGAACCGCAACGUGUCUCCAGAGACGGUCUUCACUGAGAUCACACAGCAGCAGUCUGUCAGCAAGCAUCACCAAGAGGGAACCUUCGUCACAGAGACGCCACAAACACAAAUAUGUGCGGAGGAGGAAGAAAGGGAUGAGCACAGCCCCAUCCAGGUAGACUACCCUGAGCCCCUGCCCCCCGUCAAGCCUGAGGAUGAAUCACAGGAAGAGGGUGAUGAAGAGCAACAGCCAGGCAAGCUGCACCCUGAAUUUGACCUGCCCUACAUAUUCAAGUCCAUGCAGAGUUCUCUGACAUCCCUGGGUGGUCCCGAGUUACACCUGUUUAAGCGCUAUCUAUGUGGGCGCCACCCCUCCUUCACCAUGACUGAGCUGGAGGAGAGCGAUACGCUGGACAUAGUGGAUAAGAUGCUGGAGCGCUUCGGUAAACUGCAAGGCCUGCGGGUGGCGAUCCGCAUGCUGGAGAGCAUGAAGAAACCUGAGCUGGCCCAGGAACUGGAGAAGAAGUGCAAGAGAGCUGUGAUCCAGUAUGAGUUGAAGUGUGGUCUGAUCCGACGACACAACUGUAUCUUUGAGGGUGUACCCCGGGCGGGCCAGCAUCUAUACCUGAAGUACGUCUACGUUGAACCCCAAAUCUCCACCCAAGGUCACGGCGGGGUCAAUCCCUUGCACGAGGUCCGGUCUGAUCCCCCCAACCCUCCCCAGGUUGCCUCCCCAGACAGCAUGAUUGGUGGGAAUAACAUUUUCCGUCUCCGGUCCCUGAAUGGGUCUCCAGUACGAUGCGUUCUGACCACGGGGCUGCCCGGAAUCGGGAACUCUGUGGCGGUCCAGAAGUUCAUGCUGGAUUGGGCAGAGGAUCGGGCUAAUUUGGACAUUCAGUUUGUGUUCCCGUUUCCGUUCCGGGAGAUGCAGUCGCUGAGGGAACGGAACAUAGUUGAGAAGAAGGACAUCAGUAUGUUGGAGCUGCUGCAGACGUACCACAACGAGACGCGCUCCAUGGACUUUCUGGAGCAGCCAGACUGCAAGGUGCUGUUUGUCAUGGACGGGAUCGACAUCUACAAGAAACAUCUCGAUUUCAAGAACACUCCUGUUGUGACUGACAUCAAGGCUGUUAUUCCCCUGGACUCCCUGUUGGUAAAUCUGAUCCGAGGCUCUCUGCUGCCGCACGCCCUCUUGUGGCUGACUGGGAGACGUGCAGCUACCAAUCAGAUACCUCCUGAGUACAUCCACCGUGUCACUGAGAUACAGGGUUACAGUGACGAGCAGAAGGAUGACUAUCUGACCCUGCGUUACUCGGACAAGUCUCUGGCUGCUAAGAUCAUCAGACACACCAAGAAGUCCCCUACCAUCUACACCCUGUGUCAUAUUCCCUUCUGCUGCUGGAUGGUUGCCAUGGUGUAUGAGAGGGGUUUCCGUAACUACGAUGACUACGGAGACGAGCCCCCCAAGAUUACAUCCUUCUUCAUCCACUACAUGAUCAUCCAGAACAACCGCAAGCUGGAGAAAUACCACGGGCAAAACCCCAACUCACAGAAAUGGACGGACAUGGACAAGGUGUUCAUGUUGAAUCUGGGUUGCCUGGCUCUGGAGCUGUUGGACAAUAACCGCUCUGUGUUCUAUGAAGAGGACCUGCAUGAGCACCAUCUGGUGGUGAAGGAGGUGGCCUGGUGUUCGGGCCUGUGCACUGAGCUUCCCAGGACGAAUGCCGAAGACAAGCGGGUCUUCUGCUUCACACACCUGAGCUUCCUGGAGUUCAUGGCUGCACAUUAUGUUUGGCUCACCUUCCGUCUGGAGGAGCGGAACGUUCUAGACCAGUCCCACCGCGUCUCCAAGCUGUUCAAGGAACACUCUCUGGUGGACAUGUACCGCAAAGCCGUUGACCGUUACCUCAGCGCUCCUGUCGGCCAGUACGACCUGUUCCUGCGCUUCCUGUGCGGUUUGUCCAUGACGCUCAAUGACGGUCUGCUCCGAGGGAUGCUGUUCCCCCAUAAUGCCCCUCCACUGAAAGGUCUGGAGGAAGUGGUCAGGCUGCUGACCAAGAGGAAGGACAGUGCAGGGCCAGAGAGACAGGCCAACCUUAGCGAAUGCCUCCGGGAGCUGGAAACGUCUGAGGACUGAACAGUCUCCUGCUGUUAGCAAACACGUUUGAUCAUUUGUCUCUGAUGCACUGAACUCUGUUUUGUAAAAUGAAAGGUAAUGCGACUAAAGUAUUGGUGUCGUCUCUGUGCCCCGCUGAAACCAAAACAAUGAACAUUCAGUGUGUCUCAUCCAACUAGCAGACAGACCGAGAGAAAGAGAAGGCAUAAAUCACAGAUGUGUCUUACCAGAAAGAGUUAAUCAUUGUGUCUGAACGAACUCCGUGACUGUUAUAAGGACUAAUAUAUAACCCAUCAACUAGCAGUCGAAGAUAACGACCACGGUGCUUGUUAGACUUGUGACCAUACAGCCUGUUCAUCCUCUACUCAACAAGAUGACUCACUGGAGGACGGAUGCAGACAGUAGUGACCCUAGUUGCAGAAUCUGUUAUGUAUUGCUUCUCCAUCACUGACACUAGCCAGCUAUACUUCUAGUUGUAGUACAAGAACAAUCAGGUAUUUAGUUAACAUUUUCAUUAUUCCUUUAAUUAACAAACUUGAUGGAAAGGGAGUGUUUAUAUGUUUACACAUUUAUGUGUGUUUAAAUGACAUGACUGUGUGUUUAAAUCACAUGACUGUGUGUUUUGUAGUUUGGGUAUUGGGGUGAAAGGUGUACAGUAGAGCUGGGAGAUAUGAAAAAACAUUAUCCAUAUCACAAUAACUGGCUGAAUUAUCACGAUAAUGAUGAAUUGAUCGAUGUUUAUUCAUCUGCACCAGUUAUGUGUUUAGAUUACCCUUAGUAGGGCUGACUCCAAUCAGUCCACUGGUCCAUUGUUUGGUCCUUAGGCUGUUGGUCGACUGAGAUUGUUUUAGUUGAGCAGUAAAACAUAUAUAUUUUCACCUAUCUCAGUGAACUAAUCCAUUGCUGAGGCCUAGACCAAAAGCCAAUUUAUGCUUGAUUUGAAAUUGUGGUGGAGCCUCCAGAGGCCAAAUGGAGCUCUAUACCACUUCACUAUGUCCCUCCCAAAUGUUGUACCAAUGUGGAGGGCUCUGUAGAGCUCCACGAUGACAUGAUUGGUUCACGGUAGGUGAGGGUGGUACAUCCUGUAUAAACACACUCCCUUGACAACAGCUCUGUACUGCUCCGUAAGGAGUAUGAAUGCCCUGACUUCUACUUAGGUCGUUCUUGCCCUGACUUCUGCUGAGGCCGUUCUUGCCCUGACUUCUGCUGAGGCCGUUCUUGCCCUGACUUCUGCUGAGGCCGUUCUUGCCCUGACUUCUGCUGAGGCCGUUCUUGCCCUGACUUCUGCUAAGGCCGUUCUUGCCCUGACUUCUGCUGAGGCCGUUCUUGCCCCGACUUCUGCUGAGGCCGUUCUUGCCCCGACUUCUGCUGAGGCCGUUCUUGCCCCGACUUCUGCUGAGGCCGUUCUUGCCCCGACUUCUGCUGAGGCCGUUCUUGCCUCGACUUCUGCUGAGGCCGUUCUUGCCCCGACUUCUGCUGAGGCCGUUCUUGCCUCGACUUCUGCUGAGGCCGUUCUUGCCCUGACUUCUGCUGAGGCCGUUCUUGCCCUGACUUCUGCUGAGGCCGUUCUUGCCCUGACUUCUGCUGAGGUCGUUCUUGCCCUGACUUCUGCUGAGGCCGUUCUUGCCCUGACUUCUGCUGAGGCCGUUCUUGCCCCGACUUCUGCUGAGGCCGUAUCACCGUAAAUGCUGCAUGGCCAAUGCAGACGUCAGAUUGACCAUGCACCCAGAUGCACAAUGCACUUCUCCAUCCAGAAUGCACUUCUCUCUCCAGAAUGCACUUCUCUCCCGCCUAUUGGUGCACAUUUGUUUCAUAACUUCAUUGUGUGAGUUGUUAGUGUAUAUCACUUCCCCAUAUCACCAGUAGUAUGUUUACCGUUAAUUCAUAUGAUUUCUAAUCCACAAUGUUUGUUACUUUGGUUAUGAUAGUUUAUUUUAAUCCAUUGAGUAUUAUUCCGCUAGUCCUGUUCUCAUUGUCUGAGUGGACACAUUGUUUGCAGAGUGCACAACCUAUGCUACACUAGUGAGAAUUUUUGGGGGGUUUAUCUCAGUCCAUUUAUGAGUUUUGUCAAUUUAAUUUUGUUAUUGUCUUUUCAUUUGGAGCGCUCCUGUCAAUGUUGAGUAAGGACGGGCACGCGUAGAAGUAGGCCUAUAGGCUAUGUGGCCUGAUUUACACACAGAAGUAGGCCUAUAGGCUAUGUGGCCUGAUUGACACACAGAAGUAGGCCUAUAGGCUAUGUGGCCUGAUUUACACAUAAGUAGGCCUAUAGGCUCCGUGGCCUGAUUUACACAUAGUAGUAGGCCUAUAGACUACGUGGCCUGCGUGCAAAUGUAGGCAUAUAAAUGUACUCAUUUGGGGAUCUGAUAGUAUUUCUGAUUGGCUUAAUGCACCACCACUAAUGACCUGUGGAGCUUCUCAAAGUGAAGUUUUCUUCACCUCAAACAAAUUCUGUAUUUACAUACAUUGAGGAACUAUUGUAAUUGUCAAUGUAUUUGAAAAAUCUUUCCAGCUCUCGCCCUUUCGAUAACCACUCACCGUGACAGGGAAAAUGUUCUGAUCCAGUGGGAAUGUCAUAAAAGAGGCUUCUCAUCAGUGCUUGACUUGGACUGAAAUAGGUUCCCGUAGUCAUUUUGGGUGUCGGUACUGUUUAUAUUUAGGUGCAGGAGCUCCACAAUACUUUUGAGCUGAUAUUUAUUAAGAGGAACAGGAGCUCAAGUAGUAGAACAUUUGAGGUAAGCUCCUGCCCAAGUCAAGCACUGCUUCUUAUCCCUUGAGUAAAUAGCCUACAGCUCGCUAGUGCAAGCUUUGGGCCAGACCCAUUAAUUGUAUCAAUGUUUAAAGUUUUUUGCAGACAGGCCAUGUGUAGCAAAUGUGAUUUAUAGGAUUUUUAACAUUUUAAAUCAGGAUAUUUUCUACCUGCAGGUUGCAAUGUUUUUAUUUGUUGGCUUUAUGCAGGCUAUUUUUACAUCGUUGGCAAUGGCAAUUGAAGUUACUUUUUAGGUUUAUCAUUUGGAUUAAAUUUGUUAACCACAUGACAAUGGUUUUGUGAUAAGACCUUAUAAAUUAAAUGAAACUAUUCCACGUAAAUGUGCAUAUGAAAACCAUAACUGGCACGCAGAUUGGUAGAAAUGGUAAGAUAAAUUGGCAUUCCACAUGAGAAAGGUUGCAGACUCGUCGUGUAGCCUAUCACCGGCAACUUCAGGAGAGUAAUGGCAGAAUCUGCUGGAGGAGAAUAGUUGGGUCAGGUUUUUUUCUUCUGGUUAUCUAGAUCUCUGGCGCCCUCUUGAGGCAUCAACCCGCACGCUUAAAGCAUCAGACAAUCUCAAUGCAUAGAAGAGGACUGGCCACCCCUCAUAGCCUGGUUCCUCUCUAGGUUUCUUCCUAGGUUUUGGCCUUUCUAGGGAGUUUUUCCUAGCCACCGUGCUUCUACACCUGCAUUGUUUGCUGUUUGGGGUUUUAGGCUGGGUUUCUGUACAGCACUUUGAGAUAUCAGCUGAGGUGAGAAGGGCUUUAUAAAUAGAUUUUAUUUGAUUUCAUAUGAACAAUAAAAUCAGGGUUAUUCC